AUGGAACAUGGAUUUGGUGUAUUUUUGUUGAAUUGGCCUCAAAUUACUUGAAGAGGCCAAAGGGCUUGUUGGUUCGAGUACUUUUAAUCAAUGAAUAUUGUUCAGAACACUUUCUUGAGCCUCCCCCUAUACAUCUACCGCAUGCCGUCAACGUAACUUUUCAUAAAUUAACUCAUAAACAGUGAUAUGAAGAGUUUCAUUGAUCUGUGUGUGUGUGUGUACAUAUAUGUACAUAUGUGUACAUAUAUAUAUAUAUCUUUUAAUUAUAUAUAUAUAUAUAUAUAUAUAUCUUUUAAUAUCAUAAAUUUAUAUUUAUAUUUAUUAAACACUAUUUUACAAUUGCAAAUAUUUAUUUAUGAUCCAUAAUAUAGUCUGAUAUAAACUUUUUUUUAUAACCAUAUAUGUAAUUGAGGUAUUUAAUUGUUAUAGAUUGUAAACAGAUGUUGAUAUACAUUUUAAUUUUAUAAAUCAAAAUUAUAUUUCUCAUGAAUAUGAGAAAAAUUUCUUUCAUUGUAUUUUAUUUCACAGGUGGUUUUAAAUAAAAGAAGACAAGAUGCCGGCUGUGAGAGGAGAUGGCAUGCGUGGACUGGCAGUAUUCAUUUCUGAUAUUAGAAAUUGUAAGCUAAAGUUUUUAUUUAUAUAUUUUUCAAUAUAUAUUUUUUAAAAAAUUAAUGAACUUGCAGUUUAUGUUAAUUAUAAUAUCUUUAUUUAUUAUACUAUCAGAUAAGAAGGAAAACAAGUUAAUUUUUGAAUCAUUAAAAUUUUGACCCACGUUCCAUUAAGAGAUACGGUGCCAUUGAAACUAAUGUGACACACAGAGUAUUUAAGGCAGUCAAGAGUAGGAGACAGGGGGCGGAGUUCUGAUAGAGGCAUAUCUUUCUGAUAUAGCUUAUAUUUCAAACACUAAUAUGUAAUACUUGGCAUAAUACACAAUAAAUGAAUAUUAAAACUAACACUUUCAGUUUCUUUGAGAAAUCUUCGUAGAUAUGAAUAGGAUGUAAACUGAAAUAUGGGUUAACUAUGUAAUAUUUGUAUUAUUUAUUAUUUAAUGUAAUAAAUAAUUAUAUAAGAACUAGGGUAACAAAUUGAGUCUUAUAGAGCAAAUCAAUACAUCUGUACUUUGAUGCCAGUCCAAGUGGCAUACAGCCAUUAUAAUUUUUUAUAAUGAAAUGUAUAUUUAAAUGUGUGUAUGUGUGUAUAUGUGAUAGAUGUGAUAGAUACAGAUUAAAUGUGUAAAUGUAUAUCAUCAAUAAUUCCAUAUUUACAGAAAUAAUGUACAAAAACUUAAAAUUAUUAACUAGUUGUUUCUUUUUUAUUUAUUCUUUUAGGCAAAAGCAAAGAGGCAGAAAUAAAGAGAAUAAACAAAGAAUUGGCAAAUAUUCGUAGCAAAUUCAAAGGAGAUAAGACACUUGAUGGUUAUCAAAAAAAGAAAUAUGUUUGCAAGCUUCUUUUUAUUUUUCUGCUUGGUCAUGACAUUGAUUUUGGACACAUGGAGGCUGUUAAUCUACUUUCAUCUAACAAAUAUUCAGAGAAACAAAUUGGUUACCUUUUUAUAUCAGUCUUAGUAAAUACGAAUAGUGAUCUCAUUAAAUUAAUAAUUCAAAGUAUAAAAAAUGAUCUUGCAUCACGGAAUCCCAUUCAUGUUAAUCUUGCAUUACAAUGUAUUGCUAACAUUGGCAGUAAGGAAAUGGCAGAAGCAUUUGGCAAUGAAAUACCAAAAUUACUCGUUUCUGGAGAUACUAUGGAUGUUGUAAAACAAAGUGCGGCAUUGUGUUUAUUACGAUUAUUGCGUACUGCACCAGAUGUUGUUCCUGGUGGAGAAUGGACUUCGCGCAUAGUCCAUCUUUUAAAUGAUCAACAUCUCGGUGUUGUUACCGCAGCCGCAUCUUUGAUAGAUGCUCUUGUAAAAAGAAAUCCAGACGAAUAUAAAGGAUGUGUUAGUUUAGCAGUUUCAAGAUUGAGCAGGAUUGUUACAUCGAGCUACACUGACCUACAAGAUUAUACAUAUUACUUUGUGCCAGCACCAUGGCUAUCUGUUAAGCUUUUACGAUUAUUACAGAACUAUACCCCACCUGCUGAAGAUCCAGGAGUAAGAGGUAGAUUAAAUGAAUGUUUAGAAACUAUAUUAAACAAAGCUCAAGAACCGCCAAAAUCAAAAAAAGUGCAACAUUCGAAUGCUAAAAAUGCUGUAUUAUUCGAGGCUAUUAGUUUAAUUAUUCAUAACGACAGUGAACUGCCUUUAUCAGUUAGAGCGUGCAAUCAACUCGGUCAGUUUUUGUCCAAUCGUGAAACUAAUCUUCGUUACUUAGCACUUGAAUCUAUGUGCCAUUUGGCUACAUCAGAGCUGUCGCACGAAGCCGUGAAGAAACAUCAAGAAGUUGUUAUUCUAUCAAUGAAAAUGGAAAAAGACGUAUCUGUUAGACAACAAGCUGUUGAUCUUUUGUAUGCUAUGUGUGAUAAGAGCAAUGCAGAAGAAAUAGUACAAGAAAUGUUGAACUACCUCGAAACUGCUGAUUAUUCUAUUAGAGAAGAAAUGGUUCUUAAAGUGGCGAUUCUAGCUGAAAAAUAUGCUACCGAUUACACUUGGUAUGUUGACGUCAUUUUAAAUCUCAUUAGGAUAGCUGGUGAUUAUGUUUCGGAAGAGGUAUGGUACAGAGUUAUCCAAAUUGUCAUCAAUAGAGAUGAUGUGCAAGGAUAUGCAGCAAAAACUGUUUUCGAGGCCUUACAAGCACCAGCUUGCCACGAAAAUAUGGUUAAAGUUGGUGGUUAUAUACUUGGAGAGUUUGGAAAUCUCAUUGCUGGUGAUCAGCGCUCUUCUCCAGCUGUUCAAUUUCAAUUACUACAUUCCAAAUAUCAUUUAUGUUCUCCAAUGACUCGAGCAUUGCUGCUCUCAACCUAUAUUAAAUUCGUUAAUCUAUUUCCCGAAAUGAGAAGUCAAAUUCAAGAUGUUUUCAGACAACACAGUAAUUUACGUAGCGCAGAUGCAGAAUUGCAACAGAGAGCUUCAGAGUAUCUUCAAUUGAGCAUUAUUGCCUCUAGUGACGUUUUGGCUACGGUCUUAGAAGAAAUGCCAGCAUUCCCAGAAAGAGAAUCUUCCAUUCUUGCCGUUUUGAAAAGAAAGAAACCGGGUCGAGUUCCGGAGAAUGAAAUCAGAGAAAGUAAAAGUCCUGCGCCAAAUGCUAAUCAUCACGCGGAAGCGCCCGCCAGUAUAACAGGAGCUGUUAAUAAUACAUCGGCAGAUUUAUUAAGCCUUUCUACACCACCAUCUUCUCAACCAACGAGUAAUACAGGAGUUUUACUUGAUGUAUUAGGUGAUAUUUAUAAUAUGCCAAACAAAGUUGCUACUAACGGUGCCCAAAAUACGUAUAAUCCCAAAAAGUUUGUGUGCAAGAAUAAUGGCGUAUUAUUUGAAAAUGAUCUAAUUCAAAUUGGAGUAAAAUCGGAAUUCAGACAAAACUUGGGACGUGUUGGUCUUUUUUACGGAAAUAAAACUCAAUACGCUCUUCAUAGUUUUCAGCCACAAUUAUCUUGGUCCGAGGAAAAUCAACAAAAAUUAGCUGUACAAGUAAAGGCAGUUGAUCCCGUGUUGGAAGCUGGUGCUCAAAUACAGCAAAUGAUUAAUGCAGAAUGUAUUGAUGACUACAGUGAUACACCGAGCAUGAUCAUUUCUUUUAUUUAUAACAAUGUGCCACAAAAGAUAACAAUGAAAUUACCAUUAACAAUCAACAAAUUCUUCGAGCCUACAGAAAUGAAUGGAGAAUCAUUCUUUGCCCGGUGGAAAAAUCUUGGAGGAGCGAAUCAACAACGCUCACAGAAGAUUUUUAAGGCACAACAGCCAAUGGAUCUUACGCAAGUUCGCACGAAAUUGCAAGGAUUUGGAAUGCAAUUACUCGAUGGUAUCGAUCCGAAUCCUGAUAAUUUCGUCUGUGCAGGAAUAGUACAUAUGAGGGCACAACAAGUAGGAUGUCUUUUACGUUUAGAACCUAAUAAACAAGCGCAGGUAAUUUUCAAUCUUCUCAAGAUAAAAUAUUGCUUCAUAAACACUAAACUUCUUAAAGCAAAAAUUUGAUAAACCUAUUUAUUGGAUACAUAACUUCAUUUUGUAGAUGUUCCGUUUAACUGUACGUUCGAGUAAGGAAUCAAUGUCAGUAGAGAUCUGUGACCUGCUGGUGGACCAAUUUUAA